AUCUGGCCACAAUGUGCCCUUUUUCUUGUGAUUUUCGUUUCCUGACGGCGCGUCGUCUGUCGUCUUCUCCUAAGAUGAUUUUCCCGUUUAUUUCUACAAUAUUUUUGGCUACUUUACACGGAAGAGCAUUUGCGCAAGCAGACGAUCAGGACCGGCCCUUAGUGUUCGCAAUCCUGCAUUCUUUUGAAUCAGAAGGUCCGGAGUCCGUCUACACGACAAGAGCGACUGCUACUGUUCAGGGUCUCCGCUCUGGAAAAGUCACCCUUCAACAGACCCCGCUGACGAACUCGGACAUAUCUAAACUACGGAAACUAGCAGAGUAUGGUGGCAUCUACAGAGUAAGGGUUGCGGACCGCCAGCAUGAAUCCCAAGUCGCUGCAACGUUCAUGAAAGCGUGCUCCCUGUACGAGUCGAAACUCACGGACUCGCUCACUCUUACGCUGGACCAGUCCGGUGUGCUAGUGGGAGUGUCCGACUUCAGUGGUCAUCAGUGCCAGGGAGCAUACGUACCAGACCACAGGCUGGCAAAUUUCAACAGUUCCUUCUCGGUAUCCGUUAUGAAGGAUGCACCCUUCCCCGAUACUCAGACGUACGUGCGAAGAAUGGAACAGGAGAAGGCCGAGAAGGCACGGGGGGAGAACGUCGACAACCGUUCUUUCUUUGCGAAAUAUUGGAUGUACAUAGUCCCCGUGUUGAUAUUCCUGCUCAUAUCCGGUGCCUACAACCCAGAAGGCCAAGGAGGAGGACGAUAGUUUUGUGUACCUCAUUUAAUGUAUAUAAAAUAUUAACCAUA